AUGUUCAGCAAACAGAGCGCCGAACGCUUUGAGAAGGAUCGCUUGAUCGAAGACCCCACCCCGGGCCCCGGAGCCUAUCAUCUGCCCUCCGCCGUGGAUGGCAAGGGCGCUAUUCUGGAGGAGGAGAAGUUGGAGAGCAACCUCUCCCCCCUGUCCCCUCCCUUCACCCGCACCCCGACCCCUGCGCGCGGCCGCGACGAGAAGGAGAACCGGGUGCCGCUGUCGGCCCGCUGUGGCAGCCCCCGGACCUGGUCCACGCCGGCCACGCAGCCCACGCCCAAAAAGGCAGCCACACCUGGGGGCUGGACGCCAGGGCCUGCGGUGGCACCGGGCUGUGAGGACCGGAGGCAGAGAGAUCUGCGCUUGGCGUCCAAGUUGGACAUGGUACGUGCGGGGCUGAGUGGAGAAAGUGCUAUAGCUACAGUUGUCGGUGCUUCUUCAUGCUUCUUCUAUGGUUUGGUGUGUGGCAAAAAAGUGAUGGAGAGAGAAGACAGCAAGCUGCAGCUUGAAGAUAGCAUCUAUUGA